UGACCUCUGAUAUCUGACCCCUGACCUCUGAUAUCUGACCCCUGAUAUCUGACCCCUGACCUCUGAUAUCUGACCCCUGGAGGGUUUGAGAGAAACCAUGAGUCCUGCAGCAGACACUGAGUGGAAGAAAGCCUUCAGGGUCAAAGGUUGUUCACCACAGAAUAAAUUAUAAUCUGAACAAUAAAAACUCAAUCUGACACUAAAUGAACAGAAAGUUGUUUUGUUUAGAUGUUAAUAAUUGAUGAGGAGUUAACUGAACUUUCUGAGUCAUCAGGAACUUUUCAACUUGUUAACACUGUCUGAUUAUUUAAACCUCAUUUAAGAAGGGUCAGUGAACAGGACCAUCUGGACCAGGGUCACCUGGACCAGGGUCACCUGGACCAGGGUCUGGCUUUAGCCUCUGUUACCAUGGAGACACAGCCGCCUCAAACAGCUGGAUGUUUUUCUGCUGAGUCAUCAGUAGAGCUGCAGGUGAUGCUCUGAUCAUCAGCAGACAGGCUGUGAGGAACAUCUGGACUCGGGUGCUGACCGCUCAACAUGAGAUUAUCAGAAUAACGGCGGCCAUCUUGAGAAGACCUUUUUGUGUGUCUGUGAUGUUUGUGUGUUCACUCUGCUGCUGUAUGCUGUGUCAUCAGGCCAUAACCCCUCAGAGAAAUCUGUAUUUGAAAUAAACAUAUGUCACAACACCGUGUUACCUGGACCGCUUUCUUCACCUGAACAGGUCAGUCUGUAGCUCCGCCCUGUCCUCUAAAUCCAGUCAAGAAAUGAUGACGGUUGUCACAGACAAGAAGAAUUCUGCAUGGGUCUGGGUCUGACCUGGUUCUGUUCCAGGUAAAGCCCUAACAGACGUUUACCUGGAAGGCGGAGCCUCCUGGGACCUGAGAGGACUCAGCUGGUAAAAGGACUGCCUUAAUUAAAACCAGAGUCCUCCUGAGAGCAGCAGAACCUGAGUGCUGAGAAGAGUCCUGCAGCACAGAAGCGAGGUUCUGAUGUCCUGCAGUCUGUUCUACAGCUUCUCCUCAACAGGAACAUCCUUCAGGUGUGUGACGACAUCAUGAACCGGUGGCGUCGUUCCGUGGAUGAGCUGGCUGCGGGGCGGAGACAGCUGGUGGAGUGUGAGCGCGCUCAGGACGCUCUCAGUCGAGUCACUUCCUGUUUCCAACAGCUGGUGGCGUCUCUGGGCAGCUCCGCCGAUGGGAGCUUCCUGCGAGAAGAGAUGGACGAGACCAGAGCACUGGCUCACCGGAUAUGUGCCGGUAUGUCAAGCCGUCUGCUAUCCCUGCUGUCAGACUCUAACACCACCCACUCAGGUGUGGAGGGAAGACAGGUGUCAGAGCGCCUCUGGGUCUUCUUCCUGUCUGCACUGGAGAACUUCCUGUCUGACCUCAGAAAGGCCAAAGACCUGAUUGGACAGUUUCCUCUAACUCAGCGCUCAAAUAGACGUUCACUGGUCAACACAGGGUGUACUGAUGGUCUGGUGGGAGUGGCAGCCCGGGUGGCUCUUGUUCAGGUUCCUUGGCUCAUUUUGGAGGCAGUGCCAAGUCCUGAUCUGACCAACCAUAUUGCAGGACUGGAGGAAAUGCUACAUGAGAUGCAGCUGAAGGUUCCUGUGGCGUUCUGGUCAGUAGAGGCGACACAGCCGGCGUGGCCUGAAGCUCACAGUGAGCUCCAUGAUCCAGAUGAUAGCCUGGAGGACCUGAUGGCAGUGGAGGUCAUCUCCAACAACAUGUCUGCCUGCUGUGGACUCAGCUGUGUGGGAUAGAACCUUCCAUCGGUCUCAUUGGGUCAACCAGCAGUUUGGUUCAGAAUAAAUAGGUUUUAAAUCCAAA